AUGGCUCACUCGGGACUCUACCUCUCCAACAUGCUCCUUCAGAUGUAUGGGAAGUGCCGAAGUGUGGAGGACUCGAGACUGGUAUUCGACGGGCUCCCUUACAGGAACAGUUUCUCAUGGACGCUGAUGAUGACCGCCUAUGGCCAGAACGGGCACGCUCGAGAGGCAAGACAGGUGUUCAACGACAUGCCAGAGAAGAACUUGGUGGCCUGGACAGCGAUGGUUACAGCUUAUGCAGAGAACCGAAGAGUGGACGAGGCAAAGCUGGUGUUUGAUGCAAUGCCGGCUCGGAACCAGGUGUCUUGGAACGGGAUGCUCUCGGCCUAUGCCCAGAACGGGCAUGCAGACGAGGCCAGGGACGUGUUUGAGGCGAUGCCGGAGAGGAACUUGGUCGGGAGCACGACCAUGGUGGUGGUUUUCGGGAGCUCGGGCCGGGUGGACGAAGCCAGGGUGGUGUUUGAUGGGAUGGAGGAGACCGACGUUGUGGCCUGGACAGCUCUCCUGGACGCGUACGCUCAGAACGGGCAUCUUUCCGCGGCCAAGGCAGUGCUGGAGGCGAUGCCGGAGAGGAACGAGGUGUCGUGGACGGCCAUGUUUGGAGUGCUGGCCGAGAGCGAGAGCCUGGAAAGCCUCAUGGAGCUGUUCGUCCAGAUGCCCGAGCACAACGUUGUAACUUGCACGGCAGCCGUGGUGGCGCACGCCAGGGACGGGGAGGAUCUCGCCGGUGCCAAGAGCUUGUUCGACGCGAUGGUGGAGAGGGACGCUCUCUCGUGGAGCUCGAUGGUCAUCGGCUAUGGCCAAGCCGGGGACUUGGCGAGCUCACGGAGGCUGCUGGAGCGGUGCCCGGAGAGGCAGCACGGAUCGGUGUGGAACGCGAUGCUCGCCGCGAAGGCGCACAACAGCAGGGAGGUGGAGGAGACUGUGGGAGUUCUUCGCGAGAUGGAGGCCGAGGGGGUGGCGGCGAACGAGACGUCGCUGGUUUCGGUGAUGGCGGCUUGUAGCCAAGCCGGGGACGUGGGCGGUGCUUGGAGCUGGAUGGUGGCGAUGGUGGAGGAUCGGUGGCUGAGGCCACACAAGCAGCACUUUUCGUGCGUGGUGGACGCGCUGGGACGAGCGGGGCGAGUGGGCGAGGCGGAAGAUCUCGUGGCGGCCAUGCCGUUUGUUCCAGAUGAUGUGGACUGGCGGUGCUUGGUGGGGGCUUGCAAGAGGCACCUUGACGCCGGGCGCGCCGCCAGGUGCCCCAAGAGGCAGCAUGGAUCAAAAACAGUAGAAAACUCUGUUGCUCUUGAGAUGGAGGACACAUCCAGGUAUAUUCUAGGAGCAUCUUCAGUUGUGACAGGCUGGAACUACCAAGAAGUUGGGGAUGUGACAAUGCAAGGGCAAUAG